UUUCUUUUUUCAUGGCCCACCAAAGGUUUGGAUCAAAGUAAAAGUUGGGCCCUGGGAGUUUUAUGGGGUGCUGCAUCAUGUGGACUGUUCAGAUUUUGUACUCACAUCACGUAUGAUGAGUUCUCAAAAAGUUCGCACGAGUUCCGUGAGAACUGGCGUGCGGCUGAGCAUUCGGCUAUAUAUAUUGAAUUUUGGGUUUUUGAUGAAUGAGAAUGUGGAAAUCAAAUUAUGUUUAAUACGGAAUGCCAAAACAUUGGGCUGGGAUUCUGCAACGGUCACUGUUAUGUGCUUGUUCCGAAACAUUAACUUGGCACACUUAGAUGAGAUCCAGACCAUUCAUCAGGUUGGUCCUACUGUUAAGUGUCCGUGUCUGGAAAAAACACACACUAAUCAACCGAUCUUAACCAUCUGAGAAUGCGAGUUCCGGCCUGUUUUAUGUUGAGCAUCACUCGUUUUCUUUUGUUGUUGUUUUGUAACCUUGGCUGCACCGUGAGGAAUGUCCAAUUGGUGUAUUUUUGAACUAUGGGCCCUCCAUGUUAGAGCCCAUCUGAUGAAUGGUCCAGACAUUGUGUAAGUUCGCCACGUGUAUUGUUCUGCUCAGAGGACAGUUUCCCAUGCCUCUUGUAAGAUAGUUGGAAAGAACAUGAGGAAUGGUGUAAAGAUGAUGAGGUUUGGCUUUGAGCUGCUUAUGUGUUUUCUCAUUGUUGUUAUGACUUCAAAGUUUGAUGCUGGCAUGGUUCUCUAUUAAACCACUUGUUUGGAAGGUGGGCGUCCCACACGACAAGUUAGAAGGAUAGCGCCAUGGGGCUGUCCCUGUUGUUCAUUACAUGAAGCUUAAGUGUCAUAUAUCCCAGGAAACUUGUCCUUCAAUAAAAAACAUUCUUCUUCUGGAUUCUGAAGGGAAACGUGUAGCUGUCAAGUACUAUUCUGAUGACUGGCCAACACUUGGUGCAAAAUUAGCUUUUGAGAAAUCUGUGUUUACUAAAACCCAGAAGACAAAUGCACGGUCAGAAGGUGACAUGCUGGAGAUAACAAUGUUCGAAAGCUACAUUGUCAUCUAUAAGUUCAUCCAGGAUCUGCACUUCUUCGUUACUGGUGGUGAUGACGAAAAUGAGCUCAUCUUAGCAACAGUUCUUCAGGGAUUUUUCGAUGCUGUUGGCCAUCUCCUCAGGAGUAAUGUAGACAAGAGGUCAGCGCUGGAGAAUUUGGAUCUCAUCCUUUUAUGCCUUGAUGAAAUUGUUGAUGGAGGGAUUAUUCUUGAAACUGAUGCGAACGUGAUUGCUGCAAAGGUCGCAACUCAUGGUCUGGAUGGUGGAGCACCCUUUUCUGAGCAGACCAUAACUCAAGCACUUGCCACAGCUCGGGAACAUUUCACAAGAUCUCUUCUCAAAUGAUCUCAUCUUCAGAGAGGUCAUAUGGAGGUCCACAGUGCCAAUCAUGUUGUAGGAUUUUCAUGGAGAAAUGCUGAGGUGAUCUGCUAGAUUGAAGAGAUGAUUGGCAGCAGAGGUGGCGCACCUGCAGAAAUGAAGACACUUGCCUGGUAGAUUGUAAGAUGACUGUAACCUGUCACUCCUCUUGUGAUGGUCUAUUUUAUCAUACAUUGCUGGCCCACUUAAGGUGAGUACCAGCCUGAUUUCUGGGUCAGGCCAUGUUCAAUGGCAGCCCUUGCCUGGUGACUGCCCCUGAUCUCACAGGUGGCAGCUAACCACGAUUCUCCUCUCCAAUCUCUCCUGGCAUGGAUUGCCUAUUGAUUAGAAUAAUGUUUGUUUGGUUGCAAGAUGGUGAAAGAAAUAAUCGCGUCUUCAUAGCAAA